AGGGCGAGAAACAAAGGUCCGCUCGGCUCUCCUCUCCAGAUCGGCUCGAGGAGGCGAUAUCCAAAACCCUAACCCUAAUCGUAACCCUCGCCCUCUCUCCGGCGUCGGGAUCGAAGGAAGGAGAAGACGGAGGGGAGAAACCCUAACCCUAAUCCUAAAGUUCGAUCGUCUUUUGGGGAGGAGAGGGGAUGGGGAAGAAGAAGAAGAGGACGUCGAAGGUAUGGUGCUACUACUGCGACCGGGAAUUUGACGACGAGAAGAUCCUGGUGCAGCACCAGAAGGCGAAACACUUCAAGUGCCACGUUUGCCACAAGAAGCUCUCCACCGCCGGGGGGAUGUCUAUCCACGUUCUCCAGGUCCACAAGGAGACUGUCACGAAAGUUCCUAAUGCUAAACCGGAUAGAGAAUCAACAGAUAUUGAGAUUUUUGGAAUGCAAGGAAUUCCUCCUGAAAUCUUAGCAGCUCAUUAUGGAGAAGAUGAGGAAACCUCAGCAAAGGUAGCCAAAGUGGAAGUACCAUCUAAUUUACCUGUCAGUGGUGUGUUACCUGGUCCUUUAGGUGUUGGAUUUCCAGCAGCACCAACUUAUGGUGCAGUGCCACCAGUCUACAAUCCGGCAUUGCCGAUGCAGCGUCCUAGUUGGCCAGCUCCACCUCGGGCACAGUCUUGGUAUCCACCACAGCCACCAAUUCCAAUUCCUUCUGCACCGACAGUACUGCCACCACAACCCUUGUUUCCUAUUCAGAAUGUGACUCCUUUGACAUCCACUACUGCUCCUGGACUUCAGUCAUCAUUCCAAGUUGGUCCACCUGGUCUGCCAUCUUCCACACCGCCUUCAGUAUCCCAACCAUUGUUUCCUAUCACUAGUACUAGUAGUAUACCUGCCCAAAGUUCCCCUUUUCUGGCAAGUACACUGCCUGCAACAAUUGCAUCAAGCUCUCCCACAGUGUACAAGGGUGCAGCUGACUUGAAUUCUAUAUCCAACACCCCUGCAACAAGUGGAUACCCUGCCCAAAGCAAUCAAGGUGGUGCGCCCUACACAGUUUCACAUAUGUACGCUUCUGGGCCUAACACAGGUGGGCCCUCGAUUGGCCCUCCGCCUGUGAUAUCUAAUAAAGGCCCUGCCACCCAACCAGCUACUAACGAAGUAUACUUGGUUUGGGAUGAUGAGGCAAUGUCCAUGGAGGAAAGGAGAAUGUCUCUGCCAAAGUAUCAGGUGCAUGAUGAAACUAGCCAGGUAAGUUAUAAAUGUCAUUUGUUUAUUCGUUCUGAUGGAUGUGCAAACUGGUUUGCAGUUGCAAUUGGAUGGAUAGACAAUUUAUUAUUGCUUUCCGAGGUUUUCUUUGGUACUACUAUAAGGUACUUCUGUGAUUUGUUUAUGCCAAUCUAGGUACUACAAUGAAAUGAUUAGAGCAUUUAGUCUGUAAAAUAAGUAGUAAGUAGUAAAGCCCUUUGCAAUUUAUGAAUAUUGGCCAAAUGGUCUUUCCAUAUUGUUGUUUAAACGUGUGGUUGAUGGGAAAUUUGUUUGAUCUUUUAUUCCCAUCCUCUGCUUUGAUUGCAAACUGCCAUUGUUGAGGUAUCAAGGUCCGGUAGGUAUUUUAUGUUAUUUUUGCUUCUAGUUAGUGUUACAAAUCUGACAAGCUUGUGCUGCAAAUGACUGGGGCCUUCGCAACCUAUCAACGGCCAUGCGAAAAUGUGUAUGUAUUGUGCUUUAAUUGAAAUUUUUAUUAUUUAUUUUGGUAUUCAUUCUCCCUAUUGCUUCUUAACAAGCGUGGGGGUUUGGGUGGUACAAGAAUAUAUGCCGGCAAGCUUUUGUCAAUUCAUAGCAUAUCUUGUUAUCUGUUUUUGAUCACGGUGUGCGACGAAAGUUUUGUACAGGUCAGCUUUCAUUCUGCCAGCAAAUUUGCUACCUCUUGCAUUAGUUAGAUAAUGAGCUUGAAAAAAUCAUUCUAAUCUGUUGAAUAGGCACCGAUCACAGUACCUAUCUAAUUGCUUUGUUGGUGCUACUGAUUUUACAGAUGAACUCUAUUGAUGCAGCCAUAGACAGAAGGAUAUCUGAAAGCAGACUUGCUGGUCGUAUGGCAUUCUAGUGGUCAUUCUGAAGCUGGUCAGCCAGAUCCCAUCAAAGCAUUCCGUUCUAGAUAAAAUCCCUUGAAAAUUUUAAACUCUUGGGAGGCACUGGUCAUCAGAUAGCCAGGUGUUUUCUUUUUGAAAGUGGAAGGCUGCCAUCUUGUUGAGUUUAUUCAAUCCGUAUAUGUGUGGGGAGUUCUACAAUGAUUCUUUCUUUUUAAUUAGCUAGGAGCAGAGGUUCUCACCAUUAUGAGAAACUAACUAUUGUUGUUUUCUGUUAGGGAUCCUUCUUCAUGUAUGGUAUUGACACUAAUUUGAAUUUCAUAUGCUAUACACACAUUCGAAUAUAUUUGUUGAUGUCCCUUA